CGCCUCCCCGCUCCCCUCCCCGUGGCUGGGCCCGCUCUGCGGCCUCUGCCCGCCUCGCCCCCGCCCGGGCCUCCUCCCGCUUUCUCUCUCCGCUUCCCCUCGAGCCUCCGGAGGAGCCCGCAACCGCGGGGCGCCGGGAAGAUGGCGGCGGCAGCGGGCGGCGGCGGCGAGGGGGGCGCGGGCCGGGGCGGCGCGGCAGGGCCGGAGUCGGGGCGACGCGGGCCGUGCCCCUCCGCCGAGGCGCGCGAGGACGCCGGGGAUCUCGCGCCCGCCGCGCUGCAUCCCGAGGAGGUCGCCGCGCGGCUGCAGCGGAUGCGCCGGGAGCUCAGCAAUCGCAGGAAAAUCCUAGUGAAAAACCUGCCCCAGGACAGCAACUGCCAGGAAGUUCAUGAUUUAUUACAAGACUAUGAGUUAAAGUACUGUUAUGUGGACAGAAAUAAGCGAACUGCUUUUGUUACUUUAUUAAAUGGGGAACAAGCCCAGAAUGCAAUUCAGACGUUUCAUCAAUAUUCUUUUCGAGGAAAAGAUUUGAUAGUCCAGCUCCAGCCAACAGAUGCUUUGCUAUGUAUUACCAACCUGCCCACUUCUUUUACAUUAGAAGAGUUUGAAGAGCUUGUUCGUGCUUAUGGAAAUAUUGAGAGAUGUUUUCUGGUCUACAGUGAAGUUACUGGACAUUCCAAAGGCUAUGGAUUUGUGGAGUACAUGAAAAAGGACUUUGCUGCAAAGGCUAGAUUGGAGCUAUUGGGCAAACAGUUGGGAGCAUCAGCUCUCUUUGCACAGUGGAUGGAUGUUAAUCUUUUGGCUGCAGAGCUCAUUCACUCUAAGUGCCUUUGUAUAGAUAAACUCCCUAGUGACUAUAGGGAUUCAGAGGAACUGUUGCAAUUUUUUUCCAGUAUCCAUAAACCUGUGUUUUGCCAGCUUGCACAGGAUGAAGGUAGUUAUGUUGGUGGCUUUGCAGUGGUUGAGUAUAACACUGCAGAGCAUGCCGAAGAGGUCCAGCAAGCAGCUGAUGGUAUGACCAUCAAGGGAAGUAAAGUCCAAGUUUCCUUCUGUGCCCCAGGAGCACCAGGACGAAGUACAUUAGCAGCAUUAAUAGCAGCGCAACGAGUGAUGCACAGUAAUCAAAAGGGCUUACUUCCAGAGCCAAACCCUGUACAAAUCAUGAAAAGCUUAAACAACCCGGCUAUGUUACAAGUUCUUCUGCAACCCCAGCUGUGUGGGAGAGCUGUUAAACCAGCAAUUCUUGGAACACCUCACAGCUUGCCACAUCUGAUGAAUCCAUCCAUCUCCCCUGCAUUUUUACACUUGAAUAAAGCACAUCAGAGCUCAGUUAUGCGUAAUACUUCUAAUUUAUUCCUUCAGAAUCUUUCUCAUGUACCACUGGCACAGCACCAAUUAAUGAAGUUUGAGAAUAUUCAUACCAACAAUAAACCAGGCUUACUUGGAGAACCGCCAGCUGUGGGACUUCAAACUGCAGUAGGGAUGGGGUCAGUGAUUCCACUGAAAACAGAGUUGGGUCAUCACGGAGAAGCACAUAAAACAUCUAAUCUGAUUCCGACUCAAACAACUAUAACAGCUGGAAUGGGCAUGUUACCAUUCUUUCCAAAUCAGCACAUUGCUGGACAAGCUGGGCCAGGGCACGGGAAUACUCAGGAGAAACAGCCAGCCUCGCUGGGGAAGACAGAAGGAAACUUCUCAGGGUCACAGGCGUAUCUUCAGAGCUUCCCAAACCUUACUGCUGGAGGCUUGCUGACAGGAUACCAUAAGCAACAGCAAAGUCCACCAAAAGGCACAGAGCUAAGUUCAGGGGUUGCCUCUAAGAAUCAGACUUCACUGCUGGGAGAACCGCCAAAAGAAAUCCGGCUCAGUAAAAACCCAUACUUGAACUUGGCGAGUGUGUUACCCAGUGUGUGCUUAUCUUCCCCUGCAAAUAAAAACACUCUGCAGAAGACUGGAAUUGCAAACAACAUUCUGGAUGCAAUCUCUCAGGGAAAUGAACCACAACACACAUUGGAAAAGUGCAUUGCUUACUCUCAACCUUGUGGUGAUUAUGCCCAGGUGUCAUCUUUAAGAAAUGAAAAGCGAGGCUCAUCAUAUCUCCUCUCUGCCCCAGAAGGUGGUUCUGUCGAAUUUGUUGACCAGCAUUCACAGGGCACAGGCACAUACUACAUGGAAACCUACUUAAAAAAGAAGCGAGUGUACUAAGUUAAGGUCUUUCCUUUUAUCCUCAUACGGUUCUUUACAGUAUCUCUGCUGUUCAUCGCUGCCUUAACUACAUUCAGACUAGCCAUAUCCUUUAAACACGGGUUUAUUAAUGUCCCCAGAAGGAACUGUGUUGUGAAGCAGGCAGAAUUGCCAAAUAAAAAAUAAAUAGCAAUAAGAAUAGACAUCAGUUGAAGAAUUUUCCACUAGAAUUAGAUACAUCUUAAUAUAUUAAUUUACAGUCCAUUGGAAAAAUUAACAAUGUUCCCAAUAUUCCUUAUUUAUGACAGAAUAAUUUUGAUCCAUAUAUAAAGGUUUGAAGCAAUAAAUGGGAAAGUUUCCUGAGCCUUAGAUGAAUGAAUUUCUUAUAAGCCAGUGUGCAUUUCAAUUUACUUUCCCUAGAAGUAAUCUCAUUUAUAGAUUUUAGGACUUUUCCUAGAAAUACAAGAGUGUAAAUGCAAAAUGUAGUGAUGGUAAUGUCAAAGAUUCUCCACAUGCAAACUAAAUUACCAUCCCCAUACCAGCCAUGCAAUAUAAAACCCAAACAGCAUGAUAGUGAGGCCUUAGUUAUAUACAGCUACAGAUGCUUUACUUUUAACAUAUGUCGUUUACCGUUUAUACCUUUUGUGAAACAGAAGGUAUUAAGAAAAGUCACUUUGGUGAUCAAAUUUCAGGGCUUGGCAAACCACACCCUGGGGUAAAAUUUAGUUCUCCACCUGCUUUUGUACUGCCUGCAAGCUAAGGAUGAUGUUUACAUUUUUAAUGGUUGGACUGAAAAAGAAAAUUUGACUUGAAAAUUGUGAAAUUCAAAUUUUAGCAUACAUACAUAAAAUUUAUUGGCACACAAUCAUGCUCAUUCAUUUACCUAUUGCCUGUGGCUACUUCUGUGCUAUGGUGGUAGAGCCCAAUAGCUGUGACAGAGACUGUACAGCCUGCAAAACCUAAAAUAUUUACUAUUUGGCCCUUUAUAGGGAAAGUGUGCUGGCCCUUGACAUAAGAGCACUAAUUCCCUAAGCCUUUUACUUCACCUAAAGAAAGACAUUUAAGUUCUGCAAGAGAGUUGUAAGUGGCAAGGAACACAGCUUCUGCGUCUCAUUUUAUAGCACCUAAUGACUAGAUCAGGGCAUACACUGACCAUCAAAUACAAAUCCACAAUAUAGUAAAAGAGUCAGUACUACCCUCCCUGAAGGAGUCUUAGGGAGUAACAGAACCAUUUUGAGCUAAUAAGCUAUACCUCACUCUGUCUCUUAGUCUUUUGUAGUUUGUUAGGCUGAAAAAUUACCAGCUAUUUAACCCAAUUUACCUUUGAAAGAAAUGUUUAUUGCAUAUAACUUUUGACAUUACCUUUUUCUGAAGAUCUUGAUACUAAAUGCUCGAGAAACCUUUUGCCAUCUAGAAAUUUCUGUUUGUCCCUUAUUAUGAGAAUGUAAUUGAUGGUAAGGAGUUCAGAGGUCUCAGUGAUCCUAGUCUUUUUGAAAUCAGAUCAUUAAAUACCUUGUAAUUUGGGGGACUUAUUUUUGACUAUACGGUAUACUGUUUUAAUUAUGAAGUUUAAAAUUGGUACAUACUGUGAUUUGUAAAGAAUUUUACUUGGUCUAAUUUAUUGCAUGUAUUAACUUCUAUUGGAAAAUGACAGUUAAAUUCUGGGCAGUUUAUACCACAGAUAAACUGAUUGAUAGACUAGGCAUCACUCAGUCAUGACUCAGCGGAUGAAUAAUGGCUUCUCUAUGCUCUGCACUUCUUCCCAUUUUCCUGUUGCCUCAAAUAAGAGUCUUCAGUGAUAAGUCACAUCUCUAUGACAGUACAAACAGAAGAUGGUAAACUUUAGAGCUGCAAGAUGAAAGCAGGAAGAGGUUCAAAGAAUUAAAAGAUUUUUUUGGAUUAUAACACAUAGUGGCUU